GACGCCCUUAUGCCACGUCACCUUCGAGAGACUCACGUGUUGGGUUUGUUUUGAGUGGGAUUUGUUUGACAGUUCUUCUGUUUCUGGUGAUCCUCUAAACACUGACUUAUUCUAAAACGCCAAAGACUUUUGGAAACAUGUUACCCGCAGAAGGCUUCGCGCAUUUCCCCGGACAGAUGUGGGGAAAGGUGCUGUCAAAAUCCAACAAGGCUGUUGUUUUUAUGGACGAUCGGUGCGCGGAGAGUCUGCACUGGACCGGGGGAGCUUCUCUACUCUUUCAGGCUGGAGCUCGCAACAUCAAACAGUUCUCAAGUUUUGAAUCAGGCGAGAAUAACGAACCAAAAGCCGUGUUUGUGGUGAGCACCUUGCUGAAAGGCAGAACAGCAGACAUCAUCAAAGACAUCAUAGCCCUCAGCAGCUUCCAGUAUUGUGUGGUUUUCACAUCUGUUCCUCACUCUGUUCAUUUGCUGGCCAAUAAUGUGACCUCGGAUCUAGAGGGGAACCCUGUGUUUGAGCAGUUUGAGGAGAAACUGUGUGAGUGGAUGGGUGAUAUGAACUACACAGCUGAGGUCAUGUAUGCUCCCGUGGUCUUUGCUCCCCUGAGCCAGCACUUUCAUCUCCUGCCUGCUUUCUCUGAUGUUUUCCCCUUGCUGGAAGUCGAUCUUAAGUCCAUCAAUGAAAAGAAGCCAGAGAAAAGACGAUUUGGGAGUUUGAUGGGUGUGGAUAUGCACUCUCUCCCACCUCAGUUGCAGUUACAGAUUAAAUCUCUUGCAUCAGCUCUAAAUGCAUUGUUUGAGUUUAUCAACACUCGUGAGGAGUGUUACUCAGUGGGUCCCAUGAGCCGUCUGAUCGCCGGAGAGCUAGCCAGUCAUCAACAGGCUAAAAACAGAAGGAAAGCAGCCCAAAACAAAGCAUCAAUAGUGUUUGUUGACAGAACUCUUGAUCUUACAGGGGCCGUUGGACACCAUGGUGACAAUCUAGUAGAGAAAAUCCUUUCUGUGUUGCCACAGUUGCCUGGGCAUGUGACUGACAUUCAGGUGGACAUGCUUGAGCUCACACACUUGAAGCACACAGGCGACACGCAGGGGAUCCUGGCACCUGGCUGCUUGGCACAGAACCAGUCUGCCACAGCACGGUUGCUAUGGGAAACAAUGCUCGUUGCUAAGCAAAAGGAGGCAGUGUUAGAGGUGAGGAGGCAACUUGUGGAGGCAGCCAGCAAAGAAAAUCUACCUAUCAAAAUGAGUAUGGGACGCGUCACAGCUGAACAGCUAUGUCAGUACGUGCAGUUGUUUCGGGAUAGUUGGGGGGCGCUAGAGAAUCACAGCGGUGUUCUGCAGCUGGGACUGGCCGCUGCUCAAGCACUCCGCCACCCCGCCCUCUCUCGAUGGGACGCCUGCCUCGCCUUUGAGAGACUCCUUCUGCAGGCUUUGGGAGACUCUGACCUGACAGAAGUUCUGAAGCAACUUCUCCCCCUCAUCAAGUCCAGUGAAUCUAAAUCUGGUUCUGACUCCAGUGAGCUGACCAUGGAUGAUCUUCUGGUAUUGCUGGUCUAUGUGUACUCUGUUGCCCAAGAAGCGUGUCCAGGUGAUGCUAAGGAAGAUGUGGAAAGGGUGGAGAACGAGUUAAUUGGAGCUCUGACACUCAGACUGACCCAACAGACCACAUUGAGUCCUCUACUGCAAGACAUCACGGGAGUCUCCAGCCCCGAGGAAUUAACAAUGGAUAAAGCUCACUCUACCCUGGAGAAAGUGUUCAAGACACUGACGGGAAUCGGUCACGCCAGACACCACCUGAAGCAGUUCAGCUCUGUGUACAACCCCAGUGAUGGAGCACAUCAGGCUACCUACCAUCCGUUCCUUAGGCAGGUGCUAGAGGAGAUCUUCCACCCAGACAGGCGUGAAUGUCCUGAUGUAGAGCACAUGUCUGGAGGACUCACUGACCUUCUCAAGACUGGCUUCAGCAUGUUCAUGAAGGUCAAUCGACCCCACCCAGGUGAUCAUCCGCUCUUGUUUCUCUUCCUUGUGGGUGGAGUCACACCAUCUGAACUCCGCCUCAUUCGCGAAGUUGUUUCCAGCCACAAGUCAGGCACUCAGGUACUAGUAAUGUCCACUAGAUUGCUGAGACCUUCAGAUGUUCCUCACUUACUCUUUAACACAGACAGACUCAAACCUGACAUCGGAGUAUGAAGGAACUUAACGCAUACACUCGCACAGUUCUUUGGCUGUUGAAUACAUUCAGUCCAACCCAAGAUCUUUACCCACCUAGUGUGUCUGGGUUACUGAGCUAUCUGAUCUGAAUAGUUUUUAGGAUAUUUAAGUGAAAGCAAUCAUUAAAAAUUAUUUAGACACAUAUACAACAAGCUCUUGUUUUUUCUUCCCAUUCCAAAACUUUUACAUGUUGUUGCAUGCGACCAAUGACCCUAAAAUAUUGUUUGAUACUUAAGUAAAAUCAUGUGUGUGUUAUUUCAAUCUUUGUUCAAUCUGUUGCCAACACUGUGUGUGCACGUUUUUUCAUCACAUAAUGUGAGAGAGUAAAAUGUGCAAGAUUUGCACUCAUUUACAUAUUAACAUUACAAACUUGAGUAUACGGACAAGCAUAAAGAGAUUCUGCACUUUGAUGCUCAGUACAUUUUCCCCUCAUCUUUCACCUAAUUCAGCAGUGUUGUGGAGCAUGUUGGUGACAGGUAGUGACAGAUGGAAAGAGGGCAGAGGUCAAAAAAAGAUGGGAGAUCUUUUCAAAUAUCUCUUUUAUUCUCUCACUUUGGGUAGUUUCCAUUCAUACAUGAUCAUCCCUAUUCCCCAAGGCUUUUACCACCAAAGUCAGUGAUUGUAGAUCCGAAAAAAAAAGGUUGUUCGGAAAACACUUUUAAAUAUUGUUUUGUAGGAAAUUCUGUUUGAAACAAAGUUACAACAUGACAUGAUUCUUUUUUUAAAGUAGAUUCUGUAGCCAGAUGAAUCCAUUGCAUUGUGUAGGCCCAACACUAUGUAUUUCUUUAUUUUUCAUUGUCAGAUUUGCAUAUUGGGCUCUUUGAGUGUUUGAUGUUUUGUUUUCUUUAUAAUCCUUGAAUUGGUUAUGUGAUUGUCAUGAAACAUUUACCUGGCAAAUAAAUUGUUGUCUGGA